ACACUUAUGUUAGUGUUUUUGGCUUUUCUUUUGUCAUGUCCCACAUAUUUUGCAGUGGCUUGUCCUCCCUUGUGGCGAGGACAUCUGCUGGUCACCCUGACCAGGUCAGUCCCUCCAAAUGGAUCAAUGGCAGUUCCCAGCACAGCAAGGGCUUCCCUGGGGAUGAUGGGGGCUGCAGUCCGACAUGCCAAGAGGGUGAAGGGGAGGUUUCUGGGGGUCCAACUGCCUGUCCCUUGGCUCCCCUUCCCAGACAGGUGUCUCUGUGGACUGGCAGAUGCCAGGGGUGGGGGGGGGCUUUCUGGCAGGGCCCAUCCUCUCAAAUGCCCUCCCCGAAAAAUGCAUUUGCCCUCCUGAGGAGGACUUGCCCGCGUGAGUGCGUGUGCGGCGGGGUGCUGGGUUUGGGAAGACCUUUGCCUUCCUGCCAGUUUCUGCAGCCAGAUUAACCUUCUGGUGCUCUUUUAACCAUUUUUGUUUGCUGCUUCCAUUUUCUUCUCAUCAUUUUAUUGGUUCUGCCCCGAUAUCAUCAUCAUCAUCAUGAUCAUCAUCUUGUUGCUUCACUGGCUGUUGAAUAGAUCCAUUCCAGUCCCAACAGCCCACUGAAUAAACCCCUCUUCUUGGGAAUUUGGGGCCAGGGUCUCAGACCAUUGGUAUCCAUGAGGGAGUGAAGGAGCUUCUGAACAGCUCUCGGGUCAGAAAUGGUUGCAAAAAUGGGCAUGGCCAGGGUGAAUGGGCACAAGAUCUGGGCAACACCGGGCCGAGCAGGCAGCAUGGCAACCCAGAGCCACUAAAGAGAACCACACCAAGGUCACGGCCUUUGGGUCAGGCGGAAGAGUGCUUGGCCCUGGCUGCCCCUCCUCUUGACUCUUUCUCGCAUGACCCUCCUCCGCAGGAUGGAUGCAGGGCACCUGGGCGGCUCUGCCAGCUGCCCUUAUGGAAAGACCCCCACUGGCCUUCAGGAGGUUGACCAAGCAUGGCCUCCAUGGACCGCAAGGGUCAAGUGAGAAGCUCAGACCAAAGAGUAAGGGCAGGGGAGCCCUUUGGUCAGCAACCAGAAAGCCUGCCCUCGGUUCCUUCCAGCAUGUCCCCCUGGACGCUUGCCCUCUUCCUCCUCCUCCUCCUCCUCCUGCUGGAUGCCAGCCAAGGCCAGCUGCCCUGCCGUGGGACCGGGAAGCACGACUGCCCCCUGCCCCACCAGGACGUCUACACGAAGACCCGCAACGUGGCAGAGAUCCCAACAGAGAUGGCCAACCCCCUCAUCACCGAAAUGUUCUUUGUGCAAACCAGCCUGACGGAAAUCCCAGAGGGAGCCUUCCGGAGCAGACCCAACCUGAAGAUACUGGAGUUUAUUGACAACAAGAUCAAAAAGGUGGAAGUGGGGGCCUUUGACAACCUGGAAAAACUGGAGGAGCUGGAGCUAUCAGGCGCACAGUUGGGCAGCCUUCCCGUUGGCACCUUCCGGUCUCUUCCUCGCUUGCGGAAGCUCAACCUGAGGAACUCCCACCUCACCUGGAUCGCCAAGGGCCUCUUUGACCACCUUGGGGCCUUGGAGGAGAUGUACCUGCACCUGAACGAGAUCCCUUCCCUUCCCGAGGGGGUCUUCCAGGGGCUUCCCAAUCUCACCUACUUGCAUCUGGCCAACAACAAGCUCUCAAGCCUCCUGAGGGACGUCUUCAAGCCCCUGACCCGGCUGAAGACCCUCCGGCUGUAUGACAACGAGAUCGGCAGCCUCCUGGAUGGAGGCCUGGACAGCCAGCAAAGCCUGACAGAGCUCAGCCUGGCAAGGAACCGAAUCCGGACCUUCCCACCAAACCUCUUUAGGAACCUCUCCAGCCUGGAGAAGCUUUACCUGGAGAACAACCAAAUCGAGGUUCUCCCAAACAGGAUGUUCUUUGGGUUGGGAAACCUGAAGCAGCUGAACCUGGCUUCAAACCAGCUGAAAGUGCUCCCUGGCCAGUUGUUUGGGGAGAUGCCCAAACUCACAAACCUGGACCUGAGCAAGAACCGAAUCUUCUCUGUGGAGGGCCUGGCCUCUUCAUCCUCUCCUUUCCCGCGGCUGGAGAAACUCAGACUGGACAGGAACCAUCUGGGGAGCAUCCCCGAGGGUCUCCUUGAUAACUUCGGAAAGCUGGCCUCGGUGCACCUGGGAGACAACCCAUGGCAGUGCGACUGCCGCCUUCGCUACCUCUUCCGGUGGCUGAGAGGCCAUCCCAAAAAAGUGAAGGAUGCCACCAUGAUAAAAUGUGUGAGCCCUGACCAUCUCACUGGGAAAGCGGUUGGCUCUCUGAUGGAAGAGCAAUUAAUCUGCUUGACCACCAUGUCCCCUUCCACCACUGCAGACACCUCCAGAGUGACCACUGCCCCAUCAAGGGAAAUCACAACAGCUCCAGCAGAAACUAAAAAACCCACAGCAACUGAGGAGGCCACAACUAUCCACCCACCGAAGUCCACCCCUGGAAAGUCUCCAGCCACAGCCCCCCAAAUCCCCACCAGCGCAGAGGGUUCAGUCACAGCCCCACAGAUUGUCCCCACUUCAGAGAGCCCCAUGGAAAGCUCAUGGGUCAGGACCACCAGCAAGGCAUCUCUGGAAACUGUGACUCCAGCGCCACAAACCAUCGCCACAGAGACAAGGCCUGAAACCACUGUCAAAGUUUCAAGCACAACCUCUCAGUCCAUCACAGCUGCUGCCACAACUCUCACAGCCACAGCCCCACAGAUUGUCCCCACCUCAGAGAGCCCCAUGGAAACCUCAUGGGUUGGGACCACCAGCAAGGCCUCUCCGGAAACAGCAACUCCAGCUCCACAAACCAUCGCCACAGAAAUAAGGCCUGAAACCACUGCUAAAGUUUCAAGCACAACCUCUCAGUCCAUCACAACCACAACUCCCACAGUUGUCUGGACCAUCACUGAGACUCCCUCAACAACUCCUGGAGUCAGCACUACACAUCCUCCUCCCACUUUGGACAAGAAACGCUUUGAAACCGCCACUGAGAUUUUUGGCACAACCUCUGAGCCCAUCACAACUACAACUCCCCAAGUGGCCUCAACCGUAGCUGGUGUCCUGGCUAGCACCCCCCAAGCCAUGAGUAUCAGAGACAUCCAGACCACAUCCACUGAACUGACCACUCGUUGGACUUGGACACCAGGGGCUGCCACGGAACCAUUGCACACAAGCACACCUGGCACCUGCGCCACAACCACAACCUUGGCAGUUGUCACCACCACUAUUAUCAAGACAUCCACCAGCAGGCAUGAAACACCCAGCGGGAUGCAUGCCACAUCUCCUCCAUCACUUGGACCCUCCCAUGGAGGAGAUCUCUCUCCCUUUGGUACACUUGCCACUCCACCAGAGACCACUGAACGAUGCCUCUACAAGGCCAGCCCUCCAACUGGGCAUCCCUCUGCAUUCUCCCCCACACCUGCGGGACCCCCAACCCCCCAACGGACAACAGCAGCCCUGAGUCACAAUCCAAUGGGAAAUAGCACCUCUGUCGCUGGUGCAGCCGUGACAGCUGCAACCAAAAGCAAGCUCAGUUCUCCUGCCUUUAUUCCGGCGGCAGCAGCAACAUCUCCCCAAAGCUCUGGGGCUGGAGGGCCAGCCGGCGUCCCUCGGCCCCGAUCCCAGUGGGCCCUUGGCUUCUCCCUGACCACCAACUACCGCUACUGCCGGGUGGCUCUGACCAUGUACCUCUCCAUGCUUUGUGUUGAGAUCUCCUGCACAGCUGCCUUAGCUACGUUUGUGUACAUGCUGCACAAAGAAAGCACCAAGGAAAGGCCAACCAGGCCGGUCAAGUUGGUAGACAUCAAGCGCAGGAAGGAGAAGUUGUAAAGGGCACAUUAUGGGAGCGGGAAAAGCAGCCCCUCCGUCCUCUUGGUUGUCAUCCAUGGGAACUUCCUGUGCCCCAGCACUGCCCAAUGCCCUCCGCUGCCCUUCUCCAUGGCAGCUGUCCACUUCCUUUGGAGCGAGAGGAGAUUUGGCUCCAGAGGAGGAGUGAGGAGGUUGGGCCACUCUCUGCUUUCAGCACUGACCAGCAGUGACCCAGUCCCUACGGCUGUGUCCCAGUCCUCACUCCGACCCAGAGAAGGCAGGUCCAGGGGGACCAUUGAGGGGCUGCGGUCACCUCGGUCAGCCCCAGGGGACACCCCAAGUGAGGCCACACCACUGCUGUCCAAACAUCUUCCGCAUUUGGCCUGUGUCCCUUUAAAACACUGAAGGGACGGUGGCAGUGGGACCCUGAGGCUCAAUGGGAGGAAAAAGGGGAGGACGAGGGGGGGGGGGGCUUUGAAAAAAUAAUAC